AUGCGGCACCAUGGACCUAUUCGGAAAUUUGUCUUGUAUUUUAUGGGUGACGUAUCAAUCAUCGGUGAUGGGCCUAAUUCUCGGAAGUUUGACUUCGAUCAAUGGUUUCUUUUUAUCACUCAAAAUGGUGUUGAAGAAAUGAGCAUUGCUUUUCGAACAGCUUAUGAAAUAAAUAAAUACUUCAGGCUCCCAAAUUGCAUAUUUUCUUGCUUAACUCUCAAGAGGUUGGAUCUUUGCAAAGUAUUAGUUGAACCAAUAAUAAAUGCCCCUUGCAUAUUUCCGAAUGUCACUUCACUUAGUUUUGAUGGUGUUGUCUUUGGUACUAUUAAUCUAGAUUGUGUUAUAGAUGUUCCUAAGCUUCAGACUCUCUCAUUCCGCCUAUGUAGAAAUGCGUCAUAUUUUAACAUUAAGGCUCCAAGGCUUGGCAGUUUAACACUCAAGAAUUAUGUAAUUUAUGAAGAUAUUGAGGUUUAUAGUUGUUUUACCCCAGAUAACAUGGACUUGUCAUUCAUCCAUACUCUUUGUUUGGAUUUUAUUUUCAAGCAUUUUGUCAGCGAAUUUACUAGAUGGGGACCUGAACUAAAUGUGGAAUGCCUGGAGUUAGCAUAUGUCGUGUUUCAUGAUGAUGACGAUUUCUCUUCAUUUAUUCAUUCAUUAAGAAUAUGCCCAAAAUUACGCAAGCUCGAUAUAAUGACUGUAUGGAUUGAUGCAGAAAUCUCUGAACAUACACUUUUGGAGGGAUUUAAAAGUGCGGCCAAAAUGCUUAAAAUGCUUCACACUUUGAAGCUUGGAUCAUCCAAAAUGCUUAAAAUGCUUCACACUUUGAAGCUUGGAUCAUUCAUUGGGUCGAGGUCUGAACUGCGAUUCAUCAUGAUGCUACUUGCUUGCUUUCCCGCACUUGAGAAGGUUGUCAUUAUUCGCUCGGAGAUGUUUGACCCCAAUAAUGAGUUUAAAAUUAUGCAAAAGCUUUUAAAUUUUCCUCGUGCAUCAAGGAAAGCAAAAAUCAUUUACAUAUAA